CGAGAGGAGGAGACGCGGGGGCCUGAGGCAGAGUGACGUCAUCGCCCGCUGACAGAGCCCCGAGAGCUGCGGAGAUCAGCGGAGACUGCGGGAGAGACACCACGUGACCUGCCGCCGAUUCCACCAUGGCUUUCAUGUUGAAGGAGAGUUUCCGUUCCCUGCCCAGCGCGUCCAGACUUGCGAUCAGAUCCAUCAGCGGCUCCUGUCACCUCCAGGCUCCAGCCGUCCAGACAAAGAGUAAGAAGACCCUGACUAAGCCCGGUGUGAAGAAUGUGGUGGUGGUGGAGGGGGUCCGCACCCCAUUCCUGCUGUCAGGAACCACAUACGCGGACCUGAUGCCCCAUGACCUGGCUAGGACGGCGCUGCAGGGUCUCCUGAACAAAACCAACAUCCCCCGCGAGGUGGUGGACUACAUCGUGUACGGCACGGUCAUCCAGGAGGUGAAGACCAGCAAUGUGGCUCGAGAGGCUGCGCUCGGUGCCGGAUUCUCGGAUAAGACUCCAGCGCAUACAGUGACCAUGGCGUGCAUCUCCUCCAACCAGGCCAUGACUACAGCCGUGGGUCUCAUCGCCUCCGGUCAGUGUGACGUGGUGGUGGCCGGCGGGGUGGAGUUCAUGUCUGACGUCCCCAUACGUCACAGCAGGAAGAUGAGGAAGACCAUGCUCAGUCUGAACAAGGCCAAGAGCCUAGGGCAGAGGCUGUCCGUCAUCUCCAGGAUCCGGCCCGACUACUUCGCCCCAGAGCUCCCGGCUGUGGCUGAAUUUUCCACCAGCGAGACGAUGGGCCACUCCGCGGACAGACUGGCGGCCGCCUUCGCUGUGUCCCGUGUGGAACAAGAUGAGUUCGCCCUGCGCUCCCACACCCUGGCCAAGAAAGCGCAGGACGCUGGUCACCUGUCAGACGUCAUCCCCUUUAAAGUGCCAGGUAAAGACACGGUGGAUAAGGACAAUGGGAUCCGUCCGUCCUCCAUGGAGCAGAUGGGGAAGCUGAAGCCGGCGUUCGUCAGACCUCACGGCACGGUCACCGCCGCCAACUCCUCCUUCCUGACUGAUGGAGCCUCCGCCGUGUUAAUAAUGUCCGAGGAGAAGGCACUGGCCAUGGGGUACAAGCCUAAAGCCUAUCUGCGGGACUUUGUGUAUGUAUCACAGGACCCCAAAGAUCAGCUCCUGCUGGGCCCAACGUAUGCUACACCCAAGGUGCUGGAGAAGGCCGGACUCACCCUGGCUGACAUUGACGUCUUUGAGUUCCAUGAAGCCUUUGCUGGUCAGAUUCUCGCCAAUCUCAAAGCAAUGGAGUCCGAUUGGUUUGCACAGAAUUAUAUGGGACGAAAGACAAAGGUUGGAGCUCCCGCCCUGGAGAAGUUUAACGCUUGGGGCGGCUCGCUGUCGUUGGGUCACCCGUUCGGAGCUACGGGCUGUCGCCUUGUCAUGGCUGCCGCCCACCGGCUGCGGAAGGAGGGAGGACAGUACGGACUGGUGGCAGCGUGUGCGGCUGGAGGACAGGGCCACGGAAUGAUUGUAGAAGCCUAUCCCCAGUAACCUGACCCUGACUAUCUGAUCCACCCGCGGAUGCACUAAUACCCAGCCACGUCUCCUGCCCAUUUUGCAGCUCUGUAAAUAAUUAUUUUUUUCUUAGUUGCCUUGUCUGCAAAUUUGGAAGUGAGCGAUUUAUACACCGAGCCCGUGUCAAGUCCCGCUGGCUUCUGUGGUUUAUAACCACUUGUGGGGUUAACCUGGAGCCCAUGGCGGUUCCCUGAAUUCUUAACCAGAACAUAACACUUAGCCGCGUGCAGGCCAUACAUUACUCUGGUUGCCUUAUAGAACUACAACAAAAACACUGCAGUGAAUGUAAAAGGAAAAGUCGCAAUGUUUCAGAAAUUAAUUAAAAAAAAAUAUUAAAAUCAUAUAAAGUGUCUUUU